AUGAUUGCCUCGAGCUACACCCUCGCGGCGACAGUCUGCUCGCUCAUCACCUCCGUAAUGGGGAUGCCGCUCGGCCGGCGCGGUUGUAUCCUGUUGGGCGACAUUCUGGUCAUCGUCGGAGGCUGUCUGCAGGCUUCUGCGUGGUCUGUUGGUCAGAUGAUUGCUGGGCGAGUGGUUUGCGGCUUCGGAAUUGGAUUGAUUUCCUGCGCAGUACCAACCUACAUGGCCGAAAUGAGCAUCACCACCAGAGAGCGCGGCCCAGAGGUCGCUAUUCAGUGCAUCUUUCUGGUCGGGGGCUGCGCCUUUGCCUACUGGGUGGAUUUUGGCUUCACGCGCAUGGACAACCAGGUUUCCUGGCGAUUCCCCAUAGGCUUCCAGACGGCUUUCGCCCUCGUGUCCGGUAUUGGCAUGUUCCUCCUCCCCGACACUCCUCGCUGGUACUACGCUCGAGGCCGCUACGACGAGGGCGACAAUAUCCUGGCUAGGCUUCAUGACUGUGCAGUUACGGAUGAUGCGGUACAAGCGAUGAGGCAGUCCAUCAUUGCCUCUAUCGAGUUUGAGGGAGAGUCCAAGAAAUUCAACGUCUGGGAUCUCUUCUGGGACAAGACCAAGCUUCGCGUGGGGCAUCGCAUUCGUGUCGCAUUUUUGCUGCUGUCUAUUCAGCAGAUGAUGGGAAUCAACCUCUCCGUCUACUACAGCACGAUCAUCUUCGGCCAGAUCGGGCUGUCUGCAUUCUUGUCCCAGCUACUCGCGGCAGUCAUGAAUACCACGUUCGCCAUGGGAACCCUCUUUCUCCCUAGUACAAUCGAGCGCUUUGGGCGACGGGCAAUCUUGAUGUAUUCUGCGGCGGGGCUGACCAUCUGUAUGGUUGUCUUUGUCGCCAUGAUUGGCGUUUCCAAUCCCACGCCGGCGACACAAUGGACGGCCGUUGCUGCUGCCUUUGCUUACAAUUUCAUCUUCGGCUAUGGUUGGAUUGGCGUCGCAUGGCUUUAUGGGCCCGAGAUUGCCCCCCUCCGGCACCGUCAUGUUGGUGGCGCUGCGGCUGCCUUUGGAGAGUGGCUUUUCUGCUUCAUCACUGUUUUCGCGGGUGGCAUCGGCUUGCAGAAUGUGGGUUGGAAAAUGUGGCUUUGGUCUUUGCUGUCCUGUGCGUUGGCUGUGCCAUUUGUCUAUUUCCUGUGUCCUGAAACGACCGGUAAGACGCUCGAGGAGAUUGACAUCCUCUUCGCCAAGGGAGAUGUUCCGCACGAAAUCAUGGCUUCUGGAUCAUCCGAGGGGGAGGGCAAGGAAGGAUUGGAAUUCGAGCAUGAGGAGAAAGUCAAAGUCUAG